UUCCCCGUGUAAGCAUGCGCUCACAAUCAAGAUGGCGGCAAAACUUCAAAAAACUCUCACUUAAAACUAAUUUUCGCUAUGACACAAAUUCGGGAAACAAUUGAAGCACUUUGCAACGUCCUAAGCAACCAUUCCACUACACAGGUCUCUGCAGAGAGUUUUCGCUUGGCCAAGUUCGAUAAAGAUGAAGCAACAGAGUCGCUAUGGCUGACACUUCGGACAGUUCUUUCUGUGGACGAUUUAGAACCCGAAUCUAUCAGAAGAGAUAACAUAGUGAGUUUCUGUAAGCAUAAGCUGUUUCACAAAGGAUAUCGAGUGAAGAAAUUUUACCAGCUCCCAGAAGAUAUGUCUUGUGGCAGCAGGGAAUUGAUGUUAGCUCUAGGCUGGUUAAUUGCGAAGGAAGAUGUCAUGUCUGCCUCAUUGACAAAGCUGGAGCCGGUGGUUUUUGAGGAUCCUCCGUUGGACUCGUCUUUGUAUGAAAAGAUUCCCUUACCUAGAGGACUAGAUGCUCUUUCAGAACUGAAAAAUAAAAAAGAUCAUACCAACGCCAUUGAUCUUGCUGAAAGUUUAAUUUUCAGGUACAACAAAUUACACUCUUCGUUGAAAAGCCUUUUGGGUGCAAAAAAUGAACACGUAAAAGUUAUCUGCAAGUUACAUUCAAUACCAAAAAGCUCCAAGUCCCAAAGUUCUGGCCAUUUUUCAUCACAAGAUAUCUACUUUUUGCGUUACCCAAAUGAACUUGAAAAAUAUCAAGAGAAGCUUGAAUGGUUUUGUGGCUAUGCAAAGGCUCUUAUUUGCUGGUCUUUAAAUGAGCUUACAUUCUGGAAAUGGAUGGAGACUGUAUUGGAUGGAAAAAUAUCAGAUGAGGGAGGAAAGGACACUGAUGAACAAAGUGAUGAUAUUCGACUACAACAGCAGUUUUCACCAAGCAGUGAUUUGCAACUUGCCAAAGGGCAUCAAGUAACACUUUCCCAAAUCUUGCACGCUCAAGAACCAACCUACAGGAAAGUUUCUAAAACAUGGAAGAAGAUCAAAGCAAGUCUUCAAUCUUGUGAGGAAGGACGAGCUAAUUUAGCAGAUGCAUUAUCUUUGCUUGAUAGUAAACUUUUGUCAGAAAUAAGAGAACUUCAGAAAUAUUCAUUGAAGUGUCAGAAGAAACCUAAAGCCAGAGGUUCUGUUUGUUUGAGAAAAUUAACUCAAGGAGAAUCCAAUAAGGCAUCAAGGACAACCAAAGAAACUGCAAACACCUCCAUGGCAUCAGAUGAAAUAUCAAGGUUGCAACAAGAAAAAGAGGCACUUCAAAAUGAACUCAGAAGCUUAGAGGAAGUACACAGGGAAAAGAUGUUGCAAAUUUGCCAGGUUCGGCAAGAUCUUGUCUGUAUUUCCCCAGGUAUGACAACUAAUAUUAUGUAACUUGAUUCAUGUAGAUUUACUAACAGAAGGGGUGGUUAUGGUAAAAUCUAACACUGAAACUAUUAAUUUGCAAUGUCACACCCCAUUAACACCAGCAAAACAUGUUUAGUUAUAAUACCACUCAAAACAUCAGAUCUAGCAAAGUUUUGCUGCAUUGGCAACAAUACACACUGUAAGGAUUUUUAUCCUAUAAUUACGAAAAAAGGUAAGAAACUUUAAAUUAAUUGCAUGAAAAUUCCUUUGCUUCCUCUUUUCCUGAUGCUCAAAACUCAUUUUGAGCAUCUUGAUACUACACUUGAACAUCUUGAAAGUGAACUCGAGUCUGGAACAUCUAAGGUUUUGAGAGGUGAGGAUCAAGAAUUGAGUUUUGAUGAUCAAGUUUGAUGGGAAUGUCAACUUACUUUUUGCGGUAUUGUAAACCAGGUUUAAAUGAAUGAAAUUCAGAAACAGAGAACUGAUAGGCUAAAUUUUCCAUGAGAUUUAGUAGUCAGUCAGUGUGCUAAAUUUGAAGUUGGAA